CUCUGACAGGAGAUCAUGGGGAAUGGUCUCUUUGCCAACUGCUGUCGCUGCGUGGCCAAUCUCUUCCAGGUGCAUGUGGAGAGCUCAUUGGAGGAGAGAUCGCCCCUCUUGGUGGUGCCUUCCGCUGUGCAUCCGGAGGGCACCCUCCAAAUCCCAACCAGGAUGGGUACCUCUGGAGCUUGCAAGUGCUCGGUGCCAUACCCAGAUAUUAUCCUCAGCAGCGCAUCUUGUGAAUACCUGCAGAGUGGGAAAGAAACUGACAGAGGCUUAUCGGAGGGGAAUAGCGAUAAACAGGCCACCAAGGCCUUUGGCAGCUGCCAGGCACUGUCUGCUUUCAGUGUGCCACAGCAGGCACUGAUGUCUUGUGUUGCGAAUGUCCUUCCUGCUGACCUUGUGCAAGAAUCUACACGGCCUCCAAACUAUUCUUGGCCGCUUCAAGCCUCCCAGGCCCACGAGGUGCUUGAGAAUCUAAGCUUUCUUUCAUGCAAGCAGGAAGAGAGUCCAGGCGACGGAGCGGAUGCCAGUCACGGGAUGCCCACUUUUGAUCCGCACCGGUGCCAAGAAACCUUGGUGGCAAGUGGGACUGUGGCUCCUGAAUCCACGUUGGCUGAACUUGGGUCUGUAGCAUGCAAAAGCCAAGUCGUUUCUGUCAUCCAGUCGUGUGGUCGCUUCGGAGGCAGCACCUUCUUGGAUGGGCCUGAGCUCAAUCCCUCUGGAAAGAGGAGCCAGGUCAUUCUAAAGGCCUCUGCAUAUGAGACGCGAGAAGAUAAAGGCGCUGAAGGAGCUUGUGUGGAUCCUAAGAUGGACACAGAGCAACACCCAUCCAGCAUAGCACUGAUGAAUGGAGAUGGCUUGCAUGAGAACCACAAAGAAGAGACCAGACAGAAUGGCCACGAAGAACCAGACCACAUAGACGAUGGGAAUGACCAAGAAGUCAUCGUCAUCCAAGACACCGGUUUUACGGUCAAAGUCCAUGCGCCAGCAGUAGAACCCUUUCCCCUGCAAGUCUCUCCCCAAGAGAUGGUCCAGGAGAUCCACCAGGUGCUGAUGGAUCGCGAGGACACCUGUCACCGAACAUGCUUCUCCCUGCAGCUGGACGGCAACGUUCUGGAUAACUUUGCCGAGCUGAAAACCAUUGAAGGGUUGCAAGAAGAUUCAGUGCUGAAAGUAGUUGAAGAACCAUACACAGUCCGAGAAGCCAGGAUACACGUCCGGCACAUCCGAGACCUCCUGAAGAGCCUUGAUCCCUCUGAUGCCUUCAAUGGUGUUGACUGCAACUCGCUGUCGUUCCUCAGUGUCUUCACCGAAGGGGACCUUGGAGACAGCGGCAAGCGGAAGAAGAAAGGCGCAGAACUGGAGCAGAUAGACUGCACCCCUCCUGAACAUAUCCUGCCAGGGAGCAAAGAGAGGCCCCUCUGCCCCCUUCAGCCUCAGAACAGAGACUGGAAGCCUCUGCAGUGCCUGAAAGUGCUGACCAUGAGUGGCUGGAACCCACCUCCCGGCAACCGCAAGAUGCACGGGGACCUCAUGUACCUGUAUGUUAUCACGAUGGAAGAGCGACACGUGAGCAUCACUGCAUCCACCCGAGGCUUUUACCUCAAUCAGUCCACGGCAUACAAUUUCAACCCUAAGCCUGCCAAUCCCAGCUUCCUCAGCCACUCCCUGGUAGAGCUGCUGAAUCAGAUCAGCCCCACCUUCAAAAGAAACUUCGCUUCUCUGCAGAAGAAACGUGUCCAGAGGCACCCACUGGAGAGGAUAUCCACUCCCUUCCAAGUGUACAGCUGGACAGCACCUCUGGCUGAGCAUGCCAUGGACUGUGUGAGAGCGGAAGAUGCUUAUACCUCAAGGCUGGGCUACGAAGAGCAUAUCCCAGGACAGACCAGAGAUUGGAACGAAGAAUUGCAAACAACCAGGGAACUGUCACGCAAAAAUCUGCCUGAGAGGCUGUUGAGGGAGCGAGCUGUCUUUAAGGUUCACAGCGACUUCACUGCAGCUGCCACGAGAGGUGCGAUGGCGGUCAUUGAUGGGAACGUGAUGGCCAUCAACCCUAGCGAGGAGACCAAGAUGCAGAUGUUCAUUUGGAACAACAUCUUCUUCAGCCUAGGCUUCGAUGUCCGCGACCACUAUAAGGACUUUGGUGGGGACGUGGCGGCCUACGUGGCCCCAACCAACGACCUCAAUGGGGUCCGGACAUACAAUGCGAUGGAUGUUGAAGGGCUGUACACACUGGGCACUGUGGUGGUUGACUAUAGAGGGUACCGGGUGACAGCCCAGUCCAUCAUCCCGGGCAUCUUGGAACGGGAACAGGAGCAGAGCGUCAUUUAUGGCUCGAUAGAUUUUGGCAAGACGGUUGUCUCCCACCCCAAGUACCUGGAGCUGCUGGGGAAGACCAGCAGGCCCUUGAAGAUCCAAAAGCACUUGGUACUGAAUGACAGGAACGAGGAGGUAGAGCUCUGCUCCUCCGUAGAGUGCAAGGGCAUCAUCGGCAACGAUGGGCGCCACUACAUCCUCGACUUGCUCCGCACCUUCCCCCCUGACCUGAACUUCUUGCCUGUAGACGGGGAGGAGAUGCCAGAAGAGUGUCAGAAAAUGGGGUUCCCCAAACAGCACCGGCACAAGCUUUGCUGUCUCCGGCAAGAGCUGGUGGAUGCCUUUGUGGAGCACAGGUAUCUCAUGUUCAUGAAGCUGGCCGCCCUGCAGCUAAUGCAACAGAAGGCGAGCAAGGAGGAGCCCCCCGUCUCCCUGGAAAACGGUGGAAGCCCCACCACCCCCUUUCCUGAAAACGGGGUGGAGGAUGGCAAGGGGAAGUUGCCCUUGGAAGACGCCACGCUGGAAGAUAAUGUGGCUGGUUUGGACCAGGUCAAAGAGCUGACGGAGACCAUUGCAUCGGAUGACGGAGCAGUGGACCCCAAAAGCCGGGAAGUGAUUCAGAAUGCCUGCAGAGCUGUCGGUUCCAUCAGCAACACGUCCUUUGAUAUCCGGUUUAACCCAGAUAUAUUUUCGCCAGGGGUCCGCUUUCCAGAGUCCAGCAAAGAGCGGAUUCAGGAUCAGAAGCGGUUACUGAAGGAUGCAGCUGCUUUCCUGGUGUCCUAUCAGAUUCCAGGCUUGGUGAAAGACUGCCUUGACCACACCAUGCUGCCGAUGGAUGGCGCCACCUUGGCGGAAGCCAUGCACCAGCGAGGCAUCAACAUGCGCUACUCGGGCAAAGUGGUUGACUUCAUCACCAAGACCCCGGCCCGGGCUCAGCUAGAUCACAUCUAUAAAAUAGGAAUCACUGAACUGAUCACUCGGUCAGCCAAGCACAUCUUCAAGACAUACCUUCAGGGAGUGGAGUUGUCAGGCCUGUCAGCCGCCAUCAGCCACUUCCUUAAUUGCUUCCUCAGCUCCUUCCCAAACCCCGUGGCCCACCUUCCCGCCGAUGAGCUGGUCUCCAAAAAAAAGAACAAGAGGAGGAAAAACCGGAACUUGGGCCCUGCAGACAACACUGCCUGGGCCACCGUGAGCCCUCAGGAACUGUGGAAGAACAUUUGUUCAGAAGCCAAGAGUUACUUCGACUUCGGCCUGGAAUGUGAGAGUGUUGACCAAGCAGUGGAAGCUUACAGCCUACAGAAGAUCACCCUCCUCCGUGAGAUCUCCCUCAAAACUGGAAUCCAGAUCCUGCUGAAGGAGUAUAACUUUGACAGCCGGCACAAGCCAGCGUUCACAGAGGAGGAUAUCCUCAACAUCUUCCCCGUUGUGAAGCAUGUCAAUCCGAAAGCCUCAGAUGCGUUCCACUUCUUCCAAAGCGGGCAGGCAAAAGUACAGCAAGGUUUCUUGAAGGAGGGCUCCGAGCUGAUCGGUGAGGCCUUAAACCUGUUCAACAAUGUGUACGGUGCUAUGCAUGUAGAAAUAUGCGCCUGCCUUCGUCUCUUGGCUCGACUGAACUACAUAAUGGGAGAUUAUUCAGAGGCCUUAAGCAACCAACAGAAAGCAGUGCUGAUGAGUGAAAGAGUCCUGGGCAUUGAACACCCCAACACAAUACAGGAAUAUAUGCACCUUGCUUUGUACUGCUUUGCAAACAGCCAGCUGUCCACAGCGCUCAACUUGCUAUACCGCGCACGCUACCUCAUGCUGUUGGUGUUUGGUGAAGAUCAUCCCGAAAUGGCACUCUUGGAUAACAACAUUGGCUUGGUCCUCCACGGAGUUAUGGAGUAUGACCUGUCCUUGCGGUUUCUGGAGAACGCACUAGUGAUCAACUCCAAGUAUCACGGCGCCAAGUCACUGAAAGUUGCACUGAGCCACCACUUGGUUGCCCGAGUGUACGAGAGCAAAGCUGAAUUCCGGUCGGCACUACAGCACGAGAAGGAAGGCUACACCAUCUACAAAAAUCAGCUUGGUGAGCAUCACGAGAAGACCAAAGAAAGCUCGGAGUACUUGAAAUAUCUGACUCAGCAGGCUGUGGCCUUACAACGCACCAUGAAUGAGAUCUACAAGAAUGGAUCCAGCGCUAACAUUAUGCCCUUGAAAUUCACAGCGCCCAGUAUGGCCAGCGUCCUGGAGCAGCUGAACAUAAUCAAUGGGAUUCUCUUCAUUCCACUAAGCCAAAAAGAUUUGGAGAACCUUAAAGCCGAGGUGCAGCGACGGCAGCAGCUUCAGGAGGCCCUCGGAAGCGGUGAACAGCUGGAGCUGGAAGAUAAAGAGAGCCCGAAAGAGAGCGAGCCUGAAGCAAGCUUGCCCACCACAGCUGCCGCUCCCUAGCUGAGGCCUCUGCCUGGUUAGCCGCACCUUGUGGUUUGAAUCUGUCCCCUCUGGGGGGGUGCUCAGCCUCGCCUUGGGGCAGCUUCUCCUUGGCAAUGUGUUUUGUGUUUCUUUUAAUUUGCACUGGUACAAUGAAUAUACAAUGCAAAGAACUAGAUUUUGAAAAAUGAUCCCUACCUGUCUAAGCUGCCGUCAUGCAUCUGGGAUGAGGCGAUUCAAAAGUUUGCCAAUGCCCGAAGAGUCUAAAUGAAUGUGUGUGUGUGUGGGGGGGGGAGAUGCAGUGUUAAGAGGCGGGGGGUAGACAAGGGAUGGGUGGGGUGUGUGUAUGUUUCAAUCUAUUUCUACUGUGUACAUAAGAGAUUUAAUUCCAAGUGAGACAUAACAUUUCUCAGGUCAUUUUUCUGUUGACUUUAAAGGACAUCUAUAACUUUGCAAAAAAACACAAAAAAACUACUACCCCCUUUCCUGCCUGAUUUUUUUCAAAGUUCUACUUCUCCUUCCAGCUCCUUGAGCCUUGGGCCUUCCUGGACUGCUUAGGUGAUUGUGACACUAUAAAUAUUAUAUAUUAAAUAUAAAUCCAGCCAUAUUUUUUAUCUCCACAUUUACCUUUAAGGCCUGAACAGAGUCGGUAAGGCCCAGAGGCAAGGGUUUUGAGGAGGUGGUGUAGAACUUGUGCUCCGUGUUGAGGAGACAGCCAUUUGGAUUCCUUUUGCGGGUUUUUUGUGGUGUUGGUUUCUAACCAUUCAGAUUUGUUUGGGGAAGCGGUUAUUUUUUGCAAGUUUUCAUGGCCCAGGGCCGGGGGGGGGUGUUGUGUGUGCUUUGCCUAAAUUCCUUGUGCUGUGCUCCCUCUUGAGCCAUAGCAGUAGAAACAACAUCCAAAGAAAAAAAGGUUUUGUGAAAACUGAAAACCAGCCAUAAUGCAAUUCAGCAGUGGGUUUGCCCCUGCUGUUCUUGCCCCCUGCCUUUAUUACCAAUUCAGCUCUGCAACAGGGAUUGAGGGCUGCUAAGUGACAUGGCCAGACUUCUCCCACUCUCUCCUUUGAAGUCUAGUAUUAACUUUCUCCCCACCUCCCUUCAGCUUAUACAGUAGAAAAACCCUCCAGGGCCUGUACUCCCCUUCCUCUCCCCCAUUCUCGAGGACGUCAUCUGAAUCGUAGCUGAGGGGCUGAAGGUCUCCAUCUAUAGAGCAGUUCCAUUUUAAAUGCUGUCCAUGCCAGUCAAGUUGAAUUGAAUCAAUGUUUUGUUUUUUAAAAGGGGUGGGGGUUAUCGGUGAAUGUACUAAAUAAGAAUCAUGAACCUAAACUAAUCUUCUUCUGCUCCCAUGGUGAAAAUGACAAUAAAUUUUAUUAAAUAUUAUAUAGCAAUGAACAAGAUGGUUUUUGGGGGAAAGGGUCUUAUUUUGGGGGGGGGGAUGUUCUGGUCCUUUGUCCACUCCCUUGUGUCUUAUCUGACAGCUUGAGAACUGUUCCCCCCCCCGGAGGGCAUCAUUGCUGGCAAUAGAUGCCCUGCCCCCUGUUCUACCCUCCUUGCCACCCAUCUGCACCCCCAGAAAAAAAGAUUGUGUACUCCUGUUGCAGAUCCCUGCUGUUACCGACAGGUGAAUGUGUCUGUAAGAAAAAGGAAUCUGAUUUCCAAGCCCCCCACCUCCGGCCAAGUGUAUCAUGUUGAGGAGUUCAAAGUCUGGUCAGGUCACAUUCUGCCAUGUGGCUAAGUAUUGUAUUUGAGGGAAGGGGGCUUCCUGUUACUAACUUGGUGGAAGGGGUGGGCAGCUCAUGGUCUCUGUGGCCUAUUGAACCACCUCCCCAUGGCUGCCACAAAAGUGGGGUCUUGAGGCCUCGGCAGCAUCUUCAGUUUGUGGAAGGUUUUGAAGCCAUGCUGGACAGCCAUUUUGUCCCUUUUCACAGGCUCGAGAUGUCACAGUUGCAUGGAGAGUGGGUGGAAAUUGCUAUGGGGAGAAUGGCACAAUUAAAAAAAAAAAAGCUGGCAUUAUGGUUUCAGGGCCCACCUGGUUAAGGUUGCCUGUCCCUUGACCUAGUGCAAUCAGGUACAUAACAGGUGCUCUCCUUCAUCUGGGGAAGAGAAUGUUCUUUGGUUCAGAUAUCAUGGGGGAAGGGAGAAAAAUACUGAAUUUCCUUGGAAGUGUCUCAAAUAAAGAACAGAUUUCAAUGCAA